AUGACCGCGGCAGAGCCAGUCGGAACGGCCGCCGCGAGUGUGGACCACGUGAUACCUAGCGGCGGCUCGGAGAAGCCCGCGUUUCAAACCAAACAUGAAGACAAAGUCAACGCAGAAGUUCCACCUCCAUCGCCUCCUCCAGAGGACAGGGACGAAACGCCCAAGCAAAGCGCACCAACUAGUGCGCCAACCAGUGCGCCAACCAGUGCGCCAACUAGUGCGCCAACCAGUGCGCCAACUAGCGCGCCAACUGGCGCGCCAGAAGGCUUGCCACAGACUCCGGCUCCCGCUCCUCCUCCAGAACCAGACCUCAACAAUCUCCCGCAAAACCCGCUGCCCAAGCACCAGAACAAACAUGCCACUACUGCGAUCAAGGCCGUCAAGCGGCUGAAAGAUGCCCGGCCUUUUCUACAACCGGUAGACCCCGUUGCCCUCAACGUCCCGCUCUACUACAACUAUGUCAAAAGACCCAUGGAUCUCGGUACCAUCGAGCGGAAAUUACAGCACAACGCCUACGAAACUCCAGAACAAGUAUCUGCAGAUUUCAAACUCAUGGUUGACAACUGUGUGCGUUUCAACGGAGAGUCCGCAGCCAUCUCGCAAAUGGGUCGCAACAUCGAAGCCAGCUUCGAAAAGCACAUGCUUGGAAUGCCCGCACGCGAUGCUCCUCCAAGACCACGCGUCAAAAGACGGCGCUCAGAGCUCGAAACGCCUGUGGUGAUUCGUCGCGCUGAAUCGCAUAACGGAAGACCCAAACGUGAAAUCCAUCCUCCCAAAUCUAAGGACAUCUACCCUUACGAGUCUGCUAAACCUCGCUCCAAGAAACACCAAACCGAACUACGGUUUGCACAACAAGUGGUCAAAGAACUCAUGUCGAAAAAAUACAGCUCUUUCAAUUACCCUUUUCUGGAACCCGUGGACCCUGUGGCUCUCAAUUGUCCCACUUACUUCGACUACGUGAAACAACCCAUGGAUUUGGGAUCAGUAAGCCGUAAGCUCAGUAAUUGGGAGUACGAAAAUGUGGAACAAGUCGAAGCCGAUGUACGUCUCGUUUUCAAAAACUGCUAUGCGUUCAAUCCCGAUGGCACUAUUGUCAAUAUGAUGGGACAUCGCUUGGAAGAAGUUUUCAACACUCGCUGGGUCGAUCGCCCUAUCGUUCCGGAAGACGAAUCUGAUGAAGACGAAGAUGGCGAGUCGGACUAUUCAAGUGACGAAAACGAGCUGGAUAUCAAUGGCGGCUCCGGCACAGGUGCCGGCGGUGCUGGAGGACACCUCGACAAUGACGUGGACGAAAGCUUAAUCACUAACCCGGCAAUUCAGUACCUGGAGGAACAGUUGGAACGUAUGAAAGUGGAACUGCAAAACCUGAAAAAACAGGAAUUGGAACGCAUUCGUAAGGAGCGUCGUUUGGCAAGAGGUACGCGCAAAAGACGCACAGGCCGCAAGAAAUCCAAAGUCGAUUCUAACGGCCAUGGUAGACGUAAAAAGAGCAAAUUGAAAACGGUGGUGACAUACGACAUGAAGAAGAUCAUCUCUGAACGAAUCAAUGACCUGCCGGCAUCCAAGCUGGAAAAAGCCGUGGAAUUGAUCAGGAAAUCGAUGCCGGACAUUGGUAAAGAAGAUGAGGUCGAGUUGGAUAUCGACAUGCUUGACAACACCACCAUUUUAACUCUUUUCAACACGUUUUUCCGGUCCUAUGCUGAAUCAAGUAACGGGAACGGUGCAGGUGUGGAUGACAGCUCUAACAACCGAAGCUCUUUGUCUCCAAACUCGGCGGGGUCUAAAAGGGCCAGGCGUAGAAGCAAGACCUUGAGUGAACUGGAGCAAAAUAAACAGAUCGAGAAGAUCAAAAACAAACUGGCUAUACUAGACGGUGCUUCACCCACGUCUGCAAGUGCAUUCAGCAAUCUUGCUGCUGGUGGUGAAUCCUCCGAUGACGAUGAUGAUGACGACUUAAGCAGCGAGAGCGAAGAAGAGUAA